UGAAUCUCAUUCGUUCGUUUCAUUCGAACGAACAUCAACAAUUCUCAAGCAGCAGCAGCUGAUUGAAUUGAAUUUUGCCCGCUUCCAAAUCAAUCAAACAAACAAUGGCUGAUCGUGGUAUGAAUCCAUUUGUUAAAGCAUUCUGGAAUUUCGUUCGAACAUUAAAACCAUCACGUUUGAUUGGUAGUCGUCCAGAAUUUAUUGGUUCCGAUCAUUUGGGUAAUAAAUAUUUUGAAAUAAAAAAUGAUAUCAAUAGAAAUUCAAAAACAGUUAGAUAUUUUCAAUCAACAAGCAUUGAUAAUUGGGAUGAUUUACCACCCGAAUGGAAUGCAUGGUUACGUAUGCGACGUCAAGAUCCACCAACAAUCGAAGAAUCAAUGCGAAAUUUACAACGAAUCAAAAAAUUUCAAUCACAACAAAAAUCAUCAUCCGAAACAAAAAUAGAUCCAGAAUCAACAGUGUUUCCAAAAUUUGAUGAAUAUGAACAAAGUCCUGGAUCAAAAUAUAAACCAUAGAAUU